CUAGCCAUCGCAACAACGACACUACAGAUGCUGAGCACCAUUCGGCGCAUCGGCAUUGUCCUGCCCAUUGCGUGGACAGGCGCAUGGCUAGGCUACUAUGCCUACACCGACACGCUGCGCCGCUCGCACAUCCGCUCCAGAGAGAAGCAGCUGCAGGACACGCUUGGUCCGCUGCCCCGCGACGGGCCCGCGACGGACGAGGAGAAGCGCGCGCUCAUGGGCCGCUUCUCGAGCCUCAAGUUUGCCGGCCGUUACUGGAACCCCUACGUCGAGUGGCGCGAGCAGGGUGCCUGGGAAUGGGCGUGGUGGAAGCUCAUCCUCUCGACGAUCAACGGCAAGAUCUUCUGGUUCGACGGCGACUUGCCCGCCGAGCGGCCGAUCAAGGACCUGCCCCUUGAGAAGCCCGACUUCAAGCUGCUGUACGGUGACAACGCUGGCGUCUCGACGCCUGUUCGCCUCGACGAGCAGGACAAGGAGACACCGCGGAGGCGCAUCUUCCCCGGCGGCGCCGACAUUGACGUUACCGACAAGCUGACUCUGACCUGGAUGGGACAAUCUACGUCCUAUGUCACCCUCGACAAACUGGCUAUUCUGUGCGACCCGGCGCUGCAGCACCGGACGAUCCCCUCUGCCCUGGCUCCUGAACGUAUCCGACCUCCUCCAUGCGACAUUGACGACCUGAAGCGUGUUGACGUCGUGCUGGUGUCUCACAACCACUACGACCACCUCGACCCCGAAGCCGUCAAGGAGCUUGGUGACAGCGUCGAGUGGGUCGUGCCGGCCGGUGCCGGACAGUUCCUCCGCGAGCUGGGCGUUUCGCGGGUGACAGAGCUCGACUGGUGGCAGCAGACCAAGCACACCCUGUCACGACCAGGCGAGGAGGACCGGAGCUUCACGAUCACCGCGGUGCCCGUCAUGCACUGGUCGGCGCGCUCGCCAAAAGACACCAAUGCGACGCUGUGGGCGGCGUUCCACGUAAAGUCGGACACGGACAAGCCCAAGUCGUUUAUCCACCUCGGCGACACGGGCUACUCGCCAACGCUGUUCAAGGCCGUCGGGCGUGUGCUCGGCCCCAUCGACCUGGCCGCCAUCCCAAUUGGGUCGUACUCGCCCAGGUGGCACAUGCACCUGCAGCACACGGACCCCGAGGGCGCCGUCAACAUGGCUCUAGAUCUGGGAGCGAAGAAGAGUGUCGGCGUGCACUGGGGAACGUGGAUCAUGUCAGACGAGAAGUACAACCUCCCCCCACAGGAUCUCGAACUUGCGCGCGAGAAGCUCAACGUAAGCGAGGACCAGUUCUGCGUGCUGCCCGUGGGCAAGACGAUGGUGGUCGAGGAGGAGGACUAGAUAGAUGUAGAUGUUGUCAUGUAGACUUAGAGGGC